AUGAAAAAGACGUUACUGCUAUGCUUUAUCCACGGAUUUAAGGGCGGCGAAAACACCUUUGGGGAUGGCUACCAAUUCACCCUGCACCUACGCGACAGCGUCGCCAAGCAGCUACCCAAGAUAGACGUCAAGGUUCUCGUGUACCCCAAAUAUGAGACGAGGGGCGACCUGGCCGAAUGCGUCGGUCGUUUUCGGGAUUGGCUGCUAGAAAAGGUAAUCGACAUCGAAGUCGAGGCCGGCACAUCCUCGCCAACGGUGGAUCCUUCCGUGCGCACCAUCUUGAUUGGACACUCCAUGGGCGGUAUAGUGGCCGCGGAGACCGUCAUCCGCCUCACGUCCGAUAAGCCCAUACACCCGGACACGGAUGGCAAAGACCUUCCCGCCGAUCUUCACAAUCACUACAACACCGCCUCCUCCGCCCUCGCCCAGAUCAACAACUUUUGGGGCGCGGGCAAACCCGCCAGUCCCGCGGCCGGCGCGGCCGGCGCCAAGGCCCCCAUCGCGGCCCUGCCGGCUCCCGAGACCGCCGCCGCCGCCUCUGCCCCGGCGCAGGGUGGUGGUUGGGGGAAAUGGGGCAAGGUCGCCAUGUUUGCGGGCGCGGGCGCCGCGAUCGCGGCCACCUCGGCUGCCGCGUACGUCAACCGCGACAACAUUUCCCAGGGCUUUGGCUGGGUCUCGUCCCACCUCGAGUUCGUCGGCUGCCUCGCCCGGGCGGAGGACUUGAAACGACGCCUCGCUCACGUCGUGCGCGCGUCCGAGGAGCUGGACUUUGGUUUUGCCAAUUUAUACACGCGCCUCGGUAAGGCGGCUGGGUCUAAAAAGGUCGCCGGUGUCGCGGGUACCGUUUUUGGUAGCCAGAGGACGUUUUGCAACCUCCCAAACCGCUCUAGCGCGGGGAAUUGGACAGAGGCGAUCAACGAUAAAGCUUCGGACGAGACGGUCGCGCAUAUGACAAUGUUUGAACCGCAAAAUAACCCGGCGUAUAAGAUUCUCUUGAACGAUGCUUCCAACUAUAUCGUCACCUGGACCAAGAAUGACUGGUACGCAUCAAGCGCAGAAGCGCAAGCUAGCAUCGAGGGAGACCCUAUGAUGACUUAG